GAUAAGAAACUAAUUCAAUGAUUAUUAAUCGUGAGUAUUGAUAAUUGUAAUAUUAUACAGGAGUGUAUAAAGCUUGGAAACAUUACGUUUCUUUCCCAUCUUCCUUACCUAAGUCCAUACGUUUAAUUUCAAGACAAAAUAAAUUUUUCGACUUCUUAGGAUUUGGAAGAUAAAGAAACUUUGGGUAUGAUGACGUAUGGCGUACUGAUGACCUCGAUUUUCGUCAAUGUCUUUAUAAUAUCAUUCAUUGGUGAUCGUCUAAAAGAAGAGAGCGAACUGGUUGGCGAGUCAACAUACUCGAUCGAGUGGUAUCGUCUUCCCAAUGCCAUUAUAAGUGACUUGGUAAUGAUAAUCAUACGCUCUAGUCGACCAUCUCGUUUGACAGCCGGCAAGAUAUUCGAUUUAUCUCUACAAGGUUUUUGCGAUGUUUGCAAGACUUCAGCUGCCUACCUGAAUUUUCUCCGAACGAUGGUUGCAUAAGAUUUGUGAUAAAUCCUGGAAAAUGAAAAACAUAGGAAGGAUUUAAUUUUUUGUUCUUUUUCGAGUCUUACAAUUAGACGACGCAAUUAUCGUUCGACACAAAGGAGUGUCGUUUCGUUGAAUGUACAUAAAUGUAUCACGUAUAUCCGAAUGAAUGGUAUAAACGUUAAUAAAUAUAGAGCAAUGGAAAGUUGAGAUCGGAUGAGUUUUCAAGAAGGAAUCACCAAAGGGAAAGCAAGAAGAACAAACUUUAUAAUAGGCAUAGAAAAUGAUAGUACCGACCAACUUUCCUUUUGCAAUUUUUAAUAAAGGCACCAAAAUAACUUCUA